CCGACUUUUAAAUGGGGCAUCAUCACAGCUAAUAUUGCUGACUUCUCUAAACCACCUGAAAAUCUUCCAUAUCCUCAGCAAAUAGCCGUUGCAUGCACUGGAAUUAUCUGGUCACGCUAUUGUACUGUUAUCACUCCUGCAGGACUAUUUCUCUGAGGCAGAACCAGGUGUUGCAGAACAAUGAUGACAGAAAUUGUUUGAACCAUAUCUCGUCAUGGGUGCAAGGAUUAUGUUGCCUCUUUCCGUUAUAUUGGAUUUGAUUUCUUUCCUGCGAUUCCUUUCUUUGGAGGGUCUUGAUAGGAAAGUUUGAUGUAGAGUGGGAAGAUUGUGAUCAUGCAUGCUCGUUAAUUAACUGAUAGGGAACAGUUGAAGAGCCAAAAGUUCAUGAUUGACAAAUAAUCUGUUCCUCUAAAUUUCUUAAUUAUCAGUUUCCUUCUCAUCCAGAGUACAUAUUAAAGCUCUCAUGCAGGGUUCAUAAUACCUGCUCCCCAUAUCACCAUAAUUUGAAUCCAUGGGGAGAUUCUGUGUUUAGCCAUAACAGAUGUUGAAAUUUGCUUGCUUGAUGCUGUAGAUGUUUACUAAUACAUUGUUGUUCAUAACGUUGAUUAUGGUGAAGUAAAUAAAUCAAGGGGUGGGUUUAUCUUAAACUCAUUGAACUAGCUAGCAUAACCCCCAAACUCCCAGUUCUUCACCAGGGGCUCGUUACUGGAUUACCUGUUGAAACAAUUGGGUUACAUACUUAUGACUCUGCACUUGCAUGAGGAAAUACCGUCAUCUUUCAGCUUUUUGCCUUUUACGACAAAUGUUACCUGAACUAAUCGGAAAUGACCCAAUUAUGACCGUUAGAGAAUUUUCCAUUCAUCACAAAAAUCUGUCUCUGUUCAGCUACAAAUACUGAUAAAAGGCGUCUAUUGUUUUUCACAGUUAUAUGUCCGCCAAAACAUCCGGGUACUAAAGUAAACCUUCACAAAAAGCUUAAGACUUGUUUCAUGGCAUCCUAUUUCUCCUUGUAACCAGAACAAUCUAUUUUCAGACCAGAAACAAAUUAGAAGAGCCGAUCACAACAUGGGAACUGCAGCACCUCAACAAUACACAUACCAGUGGCAAUGCCACUCUAGAUUCUCAGCUACCAACCACAACAACCCGUCCAUAUCCAAAGUCAGGUUACCCCUCCCGCGCAGCUCAAAAUCAAACACUCUUGCCUCCAACAAUACUACAAUUCAUCCAAUUCCAACGCCGCCGGUUAAACCCCACCGGAAUAGGAAUAAUAAUAAUGAUGAUAUUAGGAAGAGGAAGUACAAGAAGAAGAAGAAGAAUGGAUGUGGGUCCAGCUGCAGCACCUCCGAUAUUCUGCGGCUGAUGGAUGGGCUCCGAGUCCCCGUAGCAGCAGCAGCAGCCCCAGCUGACAAUGGCAUGUAUGCUUCUCUCAUCAACGAUUGCUCGGACUCCGGCGCAGCUCUCGACUUACAGGCCCACCUUACUAGGAAGGGCCGCCGUAACCCACCACCGCCUCUACACUUGCUCAACCGCCUGCUUCUCCGUCACGUCACUAACGGUCGUUUAGACAAUGCUCACCACCUGUUCGAUGAAAUGCCGCUGAAGGACUUCAACUCCUGGGCCACCUUGAUAGUUGCUUAUGCUCACAAUGGUGACUACCCGGAAGCUUUGAGAUUGUUUCUGACCAUGCUAUACCGGCAGGAAUAUCAUGUCGAUAUGUUUGAGUUUCCUCCAUGGAUCAUGGCUUGCGUUGUCGACGCUUGUGCCUGCACGAUGGAUAUGAGAUUAGGGGAGCAACUCCAUGGCUGCUGCCUAAAGUUGGGUCAUGGUAAUCAUGAUAUGUUUGUUGCCACCUCCUUGAUCAACUUUUACGGCAGAUUGAGGUGCCACGAAGCUGCACACCGCGCUUCUAUUGGACUCUCGCAGCCUAAUGCCCUCACAUGGACGGCUAUAAUGAUCAAUAACUCUAGAGGAGAGAGGUUUUUCGACUUGAUCAGUGACUUUAAGGAAAUAGGGAGGGCUGGGAUAAAGAAGAACACUUGUAUCAUCUCUUGUGUCCUCAGGGCGUGUGCUAGGAUGCAUGAUGAUGGCUUCAGCGGCAGACAAGUUCAUGCCAAUGCCAUCAAACUUGGAGUGGAAUCCCAUUCUUUCGUGCACUGUGGGUUGGUGGAUAUGUAUGGAAGAAACGGGCUACUUAGAGAUGCGAAACUGGUGUUUCAGACGGUCAACGAUACAACAUCUACUGCGUGUUGGAAUGCCAUGCUUACAAGUUACUUGCGGAAUGGGUUACACAUCGAAGCCCUUCAGUUUCUCUAUCAGAUGAAGGCAGAUGGGUUGCAGCCUCAAGAAUAUCUGCUGGAUCAAGUGAGGAUUGCUUGCGCUAGUAAUGGUCUAUAAAGCAUGAAUAUGCAGAGUGCAACAGCAACAAUGAAUUAUACAAGAUAUUUAAUCGUGAAGGGAUAUGCUAAUCGAAUCAGCAGACAUUAAACCAGUGAUCUAGAGACUGCCAGUUUUGCUUGAUCCUGAUCCAGGUUUAGAAAGAUUGAUGGAGUCGAGUGACAGCACUAUACUAAAGCUCAAAGGCUGUAAUGCCUAAACCUUGGUUUAGCAGAUUGGGUUGCACUCAACUUGCAACGCUUUGUAUGUCAUAUAUAGUUUGUAAUUUUGUACAGCAUACUUUGCAUGUGGAUGUAGAGAAACUCGGCUACAUCAUAUACAGGUUCUUGUCUGGUUUCAUAAUCAAGAAUUUGUAAAUUGACGAAGAUAA